GUCCGUCGCGGCGGACCGUUGCUGCUACUGUCCACAGACAGUGCUAAUGCUGCCAAAACUGAGGACUGACUACAAGUUCAAUACAACUGCGUCGUGUAAUAACUCUGUAAUACUCUGUUAACUUUAUUUCUACAACAGACCUCAUUAUCUUAACGACUAAACUGCCUUGUCAGCGGAGAUAUACGAAUUUGGAAGACGCUUCGACGUCGAGAUACACUUCCUAAAACUCGUCUUUUAACAGGUCAGAAGAAUAUGCCAGAGUUGGAGAAGUUGCUGGAAGAUGGGCUCAGAUCAGAGUUAAUACUCCAGCAGCAGCUGAAGGCCCUGAGUGAGGCCCUCAGGCAGCAGCUGCAGGAGACAGAGAAGAGACAGAGAGAGGAGCUUGAGAGAAGGAUUCAUCAGAACUCUCUGCUGUCAACAGAUGUUGAUCGAGAAUCUGGUGAUAGAAAUGAACUAAAAUAUCAGACCAAGGAUGUGGGAAUGAGGAGAUCCACCUCUACACCUGUCCUGACCUCAGAUAAAGAGACUUUGAACCAUCCCAGACAGUCAGAGAGGCUGAAGUUGUCUUCUCCAGCUCUGGUAUCCUCAAAACAGAAGAAGUGUUCAGUCAGGACUUCCAAACUGAUCCCCUCGAGGGCUCAACCAUGUGAGCGGUUCACUUUAACAAAAACAACAGAGAUGAGCAAAGAGGAGGAGGCCGAGGCUGAGUGUCGGAGGAAGUUCUCCGCUCUCCCAGUCCCCAGUCAUGUCACUCAGCCCCUCUAUCAGAAGAUGAUGGAGCUGAGAGAGAAGGAGAGGAGGCAGGGCCAUGAGCAGAGGAGGGACUUCUUGCUCUCCAGCCAUAGACCUUUCAGCUUCCAGGAGAGAGAAAGAGAGAAAAGGGAGAAGCUGAUAGCAAUGUUAAACCAAAUCUCACAUGAUGAGAAAAACAAGAUUGCUGCUGUUAGGAAACCUUCUCACAAAGAGGUAAAAGACUCGUCAGACUCAGAUUUGAAAGAUCAGGAGCUUUGCAGACAAGUCUCAACUCAGAAAACAGUGCGACAUGAGAAUCCCACAGUGUCAGGCAGCCUGAAACUUCGCACUGCCGAGCGCACCAGGAAGGAAAAGCUGGGCUUCCUGGAUGAGAGACCCAGUUUCAAGCCAAAAAUCAUUCAUCAGGUUCCUGAUUUCAGCAGGCUGCACAAAACUUUGCAGACAGAGGCACUGAAAAAAACACAGAGUAAAGAUAGGAUAAAGUGUAAGCCCUUCUCUCUGAGGACAUCGGCUCUCCCUGCAAGGCGGAGUAGGACGGGCCCUGAAAAGUCACAGGUACCAAAAAUAAGCAAUCUCAGCAGAAGCAAGUCACUUGGGGCCUUAACGUCACUGUCUGCGGACACUCUCCCCACAUACAUCACAGAUGCUGCGAGGAAGCGCUGCGUGGCCAUCAGAAAGUCAAUGGAGAUGAGGGACAGUAAGAUUCAAGAGAGUGCCGACUGGUUGAGAAAAUAUCAAAUGAGGUCCCAGGCCAUGAAGAAGACAGUCACACUCCAUGCGAAGCUGCUGGACCCACACAGCAGCUUGAAAGAAGUCUAUAAUGACAAACUACAGAACCAUCGGGAGGCUGACCAACAAAGGAUGAGGGAGUACAUGAGGGAGUUACGGAGUAUGAAGGCACGAGUUAGCGAACGCCCGUAUUUGUUCGAACAGGUGAAACAGAGAAAUGCAAAGGCUCAUGCAGAGCAGACGUACAGGAACAAGCUGAAGAAAGCCGGCUUAGAGGAGCAGUUUGUUGAGGAAAAUGGAGAAGCAGUUGAAGGAACAUCAGCAUCAUCCAGAUCUGAGGAGGAUAUAGACGAGAACCGCAGCACUGAGAAUGACAUUCCCAGCAGGGAAGAAAAUGUAGACGAUGGGGAGAAAAUUGAAGAUGUGGAAGAGAAGAGCGUGAAGUCCAAAGGGGAAGAAAUGCCGUGAUCAAAAAGGUUCAGGCGGCACAGAGUUUUUUAUGGCCUCUCCGCUAGAAAACAACACUGUCCUCAAAAAUGAUUCAUGUCACGGCUAACUAUCCGCACAGAGCAUUUGAUAGUUUAAGAUGUGCAACUGUAAAUUAUGAAAUGAUAAAACAUCUGGACUUUACAAUCACAAAUGUUA